GUUUCGAUAGUUUCUCACAAAAGUCUUCACUUAGGAUAUUUUGUAUACAAAAUACUCAAAAUAAUUUUGACAUUAAAGUGUACAUUUGUAAAAUAUGUUUAUCUCGUCUAUUUAAGUUUUACAAUUUUACUACUUUUCUUGUAAUCGAUGAUGAUGAUUUCAACAAAAUUGAUGAUUUUCUACAAUUUGUCUUUUUGGUUUAUCUUAUUUACAAUAGGAGUCUCUAAUAAUAUUUUUUCACAUGACUGUUACUUCUAAAUAUACACCUCUUCAACUCUAAAACUGAGGUCUCAGUAAUUACAUUAAGUUUGGCCUAGAUCGCUUUUGUUAUUAAUAUGUUUCUACCUGAAGAUAAUAAACAACCUCCAUGUGAAGAGGAUGACGAACACGUAAUCAUUGAUGAUUACUUCCUCGAUGAUGAUGAACCAGGAUUCAAUGUUGAAGAUGAGAUACCUGCACGACGUCAUGAUAAAGAGCUUGCAAUCCAGCGUUAUAUAAAACUUAUUCGCAUGCCAGAGACUGAUCAGAUAAUUAGAGAGCAAUUGGUUGCUAAAGUUUGUGCACUUAGGAUACAGUUGAAUGAUAUGAAUGAAGAAGCUGAAAAGACCAGUCACCUUGGUCAUACUCUUAUCAGAUUCAUUGAGACAGAUUCGCCUAAAUCAGUUGUUUGUGAUAGCUGUGAGAAAAAAUCUCGUGGAUUACCGUUAACAUCUCUCUUUCGUUCAUCAAAUUCAGGCAAAGACAUGUUAGUAUGUUACUCUUGUAACCUCCACAUUCAUCAAGAUUGCUUAGAAAAGCCUGGUCUCCGUCCGUGUCCUAGAUUAGACUUUGAUAAAGAAGAGAGAUUUUCUGGAUGCAAUAAAAGUUACGAAGCAGUUAUUUUAAAAAUAUGCCCAGAGAUCGGUAUGGUUAAACAGCAAUUCAAGUGUAACGAUUGUGAUGGACCAAUCUCCUUCAAUUCCUGUAAUCUCUGUGAUUAUGAUGGUAAAUAUUACUGUCAAAAAUGUCAUUCUGGGGAUACUGCUGUGAUACCAGCUCGCAUAAUUCAUAAUUGGGAUUUUCUUCCUCGUCCUGUUUCAAAAAAGUCACUUCUUACUAUAAAUUAUAUUCGAUCAAAACCAAUUUUGUUCGAUAUUCUACAGCUUAACUCAAUGCUUUAUGGGUUUGUAGAGGAGUUGCCAAUCAUUAAGCGAAUGCGUAAAGAACUCAUAUCUAUGGCGCAAUAUGCACGAUUAUGUCGACAGCCUUUCAAACCAAAGCUGACUAUUAGUCAACAUCUAAUAGAAGAAUCUUUAAUAAAUUGUUACACUAUCGACGAGCUUUGUAACACAGUUAAAUUGCAGAAAGAUCUUAUUGACGUACAUUCCUCUUUGCUUUGUCAUAUAACUAAAGAUUGUGAGAGCUGCAGAGGUAAAGGUUUUUACUGUGAACUUUGUCAUGACAAGGACGACCUUUUAUUUCCUUUUGCAUCAAAUAUUGCCUCAUGUCCUCAAUGCAGUGUAGUUUACCACAAGAAUUGUUAUCACCGAAAGAAUCGUCGAUGUACACGAUGCAAACGAUUAGAGGAAAAAAAUUCAAAACUUACACAAGAAUCUCUCUGACUCAAAAAACUCAUCAAUAAUCGCGUGAUUGGUUACAAGUACAGAAGAUAAUCAUCUUCAAAGUGAAAGGGGAAAAUCAUCAAUUCACAGACAGGGCAACCUUAAUUUGUUAUGAAAAUUAUUUCAAAUUCAUCUUCCAAAAUAACAGAUAUUUUUGCUUGUAAAACAAUUUAUAAUGCUCAUGAUUUUUCAAACGACAAAACAA